UAACUGCGGCAAUUACUUCUCCGUACAGGAAUGUUUAAUUAGCCCGGCAGAAUGGCCGCGGCCAGUGAGCUGUGAAGGGCCAGGUCGGGGGAGGGGUUUUCCCACACUUGAGCAGCGCGCCGACACACGUGUCCGUGUUUACAAGAAGGGUUUUUAAAAAAAAAUUAAGAAAGAAAGAAAGAAACUAACAGCGACAUUCUUCUACAGGCAGUCUGCCGCUUUCAGUGAACAUCUGUCCGUCAGCCAAUCAGCGCGCGGCUGUCGCAUGCCGAUACACUUCCCAGCGGUCCGUGCGCCUCGCUGAUUGGCUGGUCGCGCCGGCAGUGACCGUGGGAAACCGUGUUGCAUACUUUCGCACCUUUCUGGAGUCGUGUGGACGGGGAUAUAUAACACGGGAGUCGGUCGUGGGAGACACAAACUUUGACGAUCCGUCACGCAGCGACUUGGCACAAAACCCGCAUCUGUCGGUAAACAGAGAUAAAGAAGAAGAAACAUGUUACAAUCAACAGAACACAGCUCCACGGAAAGAUUACCUUCGAGAAGGACGAAUAAGCCGCUGGUUGAGAAGCGACGUCGUGAACGCAUCAACUGCAGUUUGGGACAACUCAAGAGUCUGCUGCUGGAGGCCGUCAAGCAAGACGGAGCUCAAUUUUCCCGUCUGGAAAAGGCAGACAUCUUGGAAAUGACCGUGAAAUAUCUGAAACACGUACAACGUCAGCAGUGUGUCAGCGUCAUGGCAGCGAACCCGACAUUGGCCGGAAAGUACCGAGCUGGAUUCACGGAGUGUGCCGGAGAGGUGAUGAAUUACAUCGACAACGCCAACGGCGUGGACAGCCGAAUCCGCGACAACCUCAACCAACAUCUCACAGACUGCAUCACCGUUGUCAACACGCCGACGUCGGCCACAAGUAACAUUGUCAGCGGCAACGCCUCUCCGUCACAUCAGCCGAGCCCCCGCCUACAAGCCACAUCUCCGCCGACCCCCCGCCUACAAACCCCUCUGAACGGACAAAGUGUUUCGGACACUGAAAACGAGGAUUGUGUUCUUAAACAGUUGAACAUUCAGAUCCCUGAAUCUGCUCUGCCGUCUUCCUACAAACAGUGCGCCACUGCGGAAGGAUAUCUGUUGAUGCCUAUUGCUCACUCGACUCCCGUUUCGUCAUCGUCAUCAUCAUCUGUGUCAUCUGUGUCGCGCGUGCAGAACUGUGACACGGCGGCCUACUGGGCGGGAAACGAGAAUUCAAAAUCUCUGUCCCAGGUGCAAAGCCACAACAAUGGACUGCGCUGCAUCACGAACGUUUACCAGUCGAGAUUUUUAAACUUGGACAAAGAGCACGCGCCGCACAAAGCACCUCGCCAAAUGUCGACUUCACCUUUGACCUCGAAGCUGACGUCACACCGUCAGCAUCCCUACUCCAGUGUGCCAGUGUCUCAUUCACACGGCCAGUCGAGACGGGCCCAUUCUCCAUCGCCGUGCUCGUUCAGUGAUGAAACGAUCUGGCGGCCCUGGUGAUUGGCUCAUUCCCCGGAUGAAGAACAUUGGACAGAUUUGAACCGCCGUGUGCCAGGUGUGCAGUAUUGUCAUCUGGCGUAUUGUCGCUCUAGUGCUAUUGACGAAUAUUCAUAAACAGUUGGAUUAUCUUUAAAACUUUAUAGAAAGACUGUGACACAUCGCGAAAAACCAGUGUUGUUGAUUCAUUAUAUAGUUUUCAAUGAAGUCCAUUUCUGGUAGUUUGUUAAUUGCUAAACAGCAAAUCGUCCCAAACAACACACAUUUUCUCUCUUCUUUCUUUCUAUUUUCUCUUUGUUCUGUUUAUUUUUAUUUUAUUUAAAUUUUAUAUUUGGAUCAAAUAUUACAUUAUGCUAAAAGACAAAUUAUCAUAUUGAUAAAUUUCAUACAUGUUAACCCCUUUUUUAUAUGUAUACAUCAAACUGAACAAUUUGUUCUUUGUUCUUUGAUGGGUUUGUUUUUUUAUUGUUUUUUUAAGGGGGAGGGGAUUUCUUUCUUUUUUUAAAUAUUACUUUUUUCUUUCUUUUUUUUUAUUAUAUCUUCCUUAUUUCUUUAUCUUUUCGUUUCUUUUUUCUUUCUUUCAUUUCUAUUCUUUUUCUAAACUUCAAAACAAUUUUUCUUUUCAAAGCCCUACACGAGAGAAAGGACUGAAGCCUAUCUGUUUAAUCUGUGUUUGCCAGUUGUGUUCAAAAUAUCUCUUCGCUGUGUUCACAUGUUCAUAUUUCUCCUACCAGUCUGUCUACAGACCUUGUUUCUGUGAUACCUCCAUACUACCACUUCUGUUUGUUAAUAUUAUUAAACUAUGAAAAUAUAU